CACCUCUAGAAGUUUGCACAUGCCCCUUGGGAAUCCCUCCUUUCUGCCUAACCCCCAGCAACCACUGAUGGAAGCUCUGGCUCUCACUGUGGUUUAAUUUGCAUUUUCUAGAGUUUCUGUAAGAUUUUCACAUUUCAUCACCACUCCACAGCCCUUUGAGCCCAAAGUAGUUCACAAACUCCUCACUUUGGUUUAAGAUCAAUUCCUAAAGCAGCGAUUACAGACUAGCAGCCAAAAAGUUGAUACAACCCAAAAAGGAGGGUUUUGGUUGGCUGACACAGUACGUUUUAAGUUUUAAAUCGUUGCCAAUAUUAAAAGAUGUGUCUAUAUUUUAAAAAUAUCUGGCACUCCUGGGCCUGAGUUUCUGCAUGAAAACAACCUGCAAGAGCUCUAUUACCCAUCAUCAUCACCACCAUUCCCAACCACCACUCCCAGAGGGCUCCCUUACUCUGGCAGGCGCUAAUGUUGCCAUUUUCUCUUACAGCAAAGAAGAAAGUAACUUUUUAACCCAUGUUUCUAUCAAAUUUUCUUAUUCCUUGCCUGUCUGUUCUCAUUACCCAGCUGGCCCCUGGAGACCACCAUUGACCCUUCCUGGUGCACCACUCCACCUCUCAUCCCAUGUGUACCUUGUUAUAUUAUGUUCUUUAUCUCUGCCUAGAACACCCUCUUCCUAUGGAAAUCCACGAAGGCCUGAUUCAUAUGUUACCUCAAGAGAUUUCCCACAUGCUUUUCUGGAAAUAAUGAGGGCCUUGGUUUUGAGAGACUUGAAUUCCAACGCUUUCUGAGCUUGAGUUCCACCUUUAUACUGUUAUACGAAUAUUGCCUCUCAGUGUUACCUGGUAGACACUGCCUAAGGGGUGGGAAAGAGCACUGCGCUGAAGUCUCUUCAACUAGGGGAAAUAUUUAACAUCUUAAGAGCCCUAAAAAGAUGCCCAAUUUGCACAACAAUUUAAAACAUUCUCAGCCCCCAGACUGUUGCUAGGCUUUAGGACUAAAGUAUUUAGCCAACAGUUCUUGAACGUUCAGGGAGUUGUAAGUAAAUAAUUUCAACACCUCAUCACUAAUGCUGUAAUAGAACUCUGUCUAGACCCAGGGAGCUAGGACAGACUGCAGAGUACUGAAAAGGUUCUGAAGUGAACUUUGAGCUCAGUGGGCCUCAAAAGAUUUUGUUUCACCAAGAAGGGAAUUUUGGAAGGUAGAAAAGCACCUGCAAAAACCUGGGAAAUCCUGGAGAUAGUAAAAGUAGAGAUGUAACAAAAAAGGCAGAGGGAUUGGGCAGGAUUGGCUGGAAACAGAAGCCAAACAAACCCUUUAGGCAUUAAAUUCCAGGCACAUGGGUUGCUGGGCUUUAUUCCAUUAUCUAUAGACAAACAGAAAAAGAAUUGUGAUCUUACACUUGGAGAAAAGCUUGGCUUUUUUUCCCCUUUAGCUCCAGUGCAACUGGGACUUUGUAGAGGGUGGGCCAGUCAGAAAAGCCUCAGGAAUCUGCUGAGGCCAAAGUCCCCCUUGCAGGGCCCCCUCAGCACCUUUCAGAGAGGGGCUCAAGCUGGUAAUGAAGAUGGAAAAAUAAAUUACUUUCCCAAGUUAUUUUGAUUCAUCCUCAAGGAAAGCCUACGGUGGUGGUUGUUUCUUCUGAGUAAGGGACAGGGUAGUCCAGUAAAGAUGGAUGCCAGACUUCCUAGCUUUGAAUCUGCUCUAAUCAUUCAAUAGCGAUGUGACCUUGGACAAGUUACCUAACCUUUGUCUUACAGUCCACAGCUAUAAAUUGGCAAUAACAGUACAGUAUUUACGAGGAACCGGGAAAGCUAUUGUUCAAAAAACUAUUAAAACCUUCUAUUUGCAUACGGAAAUUGAAGCCCUGGGAGGGAAAAGAAUACCGUCACAUAGCAAAUCAGUUAAGUUGGGACUGGAAUACAGGCCUGAUGCCCAGCCCAGUGUAUUCUCUCCCUCGUCCUCAGGGUUCCUAGAUAGUCGUAGAUGUUCACAGCAGGAGGGACGGGGUGGUGGAGGCGUACCGGAAAAAGCAGCCAGGCGCAAGGCUCUGGGAGCUGAAUCAUAGCUCCUUCGAGACAGAAACGAGGCUGACAGGAGUAUUUGUGCAGAAUGACUGGCUCCUUUCGGACCUCCUGGGUCUGCGGCUCCGAGGACUAAAACCCUAUUGCAUCUUGGGAGUGGGGGUCAGCCCCGGUGCAUGGAGGGAAGCGUAGUCCUUUCCCUUCCCAACUCACCCGCCUCGGAGGCCGCCUUCGCUUCAUCUUUCCCAGCAAGCCUCGCGCGAGCGCCGGCUAUUGAUUGGCUGCGGCGCUAGCAGGAGGUUCUGCCGGCAGCAGUUAUCCAGGGUUUCCGGUACGAGGGCAGAGCGGGCGAAGCCGUCAGGGCGUCGGCGGUGAGGGUCUGCUCCUAACCUAACAUUGCAAACCACAAUGAAGAACCAAGACAAAAAGAAUGGGGCUGCGAAGCAAUCAGGCAACACUUCCAACCCAAAAAACACCCCGGGGCAACCGGAAGCUGGACCCGAGGGAGCCCAGGGGCGGCCCAGCCAGUCGGCUCCUGCGACAGAAGCUGAAGGUUCCACCAUCCAGGCUCCAGGGAAGGCUGAGGGAGCACAAGCCAAAACUGCUCAGUCUGGGGCCCUCCAGGAUGUCUCUGAGGAGCUGAGCCGCCAGCUGGAAGACAUCCUCAGUACAUACUGUGUUGACAACAGUCAGGGGGGCCCAGGCGAGGAUGGGGCACAGGGUGAGCCUGUUGAACCCGAAGAUGCAGAGAAGUCCAGGACCUAUGCCUCGAGGAAUGGGGAGCCCGAGCCAGAGACCCCAGUAGUCAAUGGUGAGAAAGAGACUUCCAAGGGGGAGCCGGGCACAGACGAGAGCCGGGCAAGUGACGAGGUCGUGGACCGAGACCACCGAAGGCCACAGGAGAAGAAGAAAGCCAAGGGUCUGGGAAAGGAGAUCACGUUACUGAUGCAGACGUUGAACACGCUGAGUACCCCAGAGGAGAAGCUCGCGGCUCUGUGCAAGAAGUAUGCUGAGCUGCUGGAGGAGCACCGGAACUCCCAGAAGCAGAUGAAGCUCCUGCAGAAGAAGCAGAGCCAGCUGGUACAGGAGAAGGACCACCUGCGUGGCGAGCACAGCAAGGCUGUCCUGGCCCGCAGCAAGCUCGAGAGCCUGUGCCGAGAGCUACAGCGCCACAACCGUUCCCUCAAGGAAGAAGGCGUGCAGCGGGCCCGGGAGGAGGAGGAGAAACGCAAGGAGGUGACCUCGCACUUCCAGGUGACACUGAAUGACAUCCAGCUGCAGAUGGAACAGCACAAUGAGCGCAAUUCCAAGCUGCGCCAGGAGAACGUGGAGCUGGCUGAGAGGCUCAAGAAGCUGAUUGAGCAGUACGAGCUACGGGAGGAGCACAUUGACAAAGUCUUCAAACACAAGGACCUACAGCAGCAGCUGGUGGACGCCAAGCUCCAGCAGGCCCAGGAGAUGCUGAAGGAGGCAGAGGAGAGGCACCAGCGGGAGAAGGAUUUUCUCCUCAAAGAGGCUGUGGAGUCGCAGAGGAUGUGCGAGCUGAUGAAGCAGCAGGAGACCCACCUGAAACAGCAGCUUGCCCUAUACACGGAGAAGUUUGAAGAGUUCCAGAACACUCUUUCCAAAAGCAGUGAGGUGUUCACCACGUUCAAACAAGAGAUGGAAAAGAUGACUAAGAAGAUCAAGAAGCUGGAAAAAGAAACCACCAUGUACCGGUCCCGGUGGGAGAGCAGCAACAAGGCCUUGCUUGAGAUGGCCGAGGAGAAAACACUCCGGGACAAAGAGCUGGAGGGCCUGCAGGUCAAAAUACAGCGGCUGGAGAAGCUGUGUCGGGCACUGCAGUCAGAGCGCAAUGACCUGAACAAGAGGGUGCAGGACCUAAGUGCUGGGGGCCAGGCUCCCCUCACUGACAGCGGCCCUGAGCGAAGGCCAGAGGCUGCCAAUACCUCCAAGGAACAGGGUGGCGAGGGGCCCAGGGUCCAAGCACCUAGCUCCCCAAGGGUCACAGAAGCUCCUUGCUGCCCCGGAGCACCGAGCAUGGAAGCAUCAGGCCAAACUGGGCCCCAGGAACCCGCCUCCAUCACUGCCUAGGGAGCUGGGAAGGGAGCGAGCAGCCCAGCCAGGCCUGGCCCAUGUGAGGCUCCCGCCGCUGAGGCCCAGGGUGCUGUGACCUGGCUGCCAUCUGACUCUUUGCAGUUUUGGAUUUUGUGGGUCAGUUUUACGUACAUAUGGCAUAUGUGCAAGGCCUCAUACAUUUAUAUCUGUAAGUGUAAAACGGGCUUGCAUCAGAGGUGGGGGUGUGUACAGAUGAAGUCAGUGGCUCUUCUGUGAGCUGAAGAGUCUUAAAGCGGAGUUGUCGUCUGUGGCUGCCGUCACAGUAAGUUGGCAGGAGAAGUGAUUUGAGCGUUUCCCUGCCCAAUUUGAGGCUCAGCCCCUCCCUCCCUGCUACCUUCAGGGCUCAUGACAGGUGACACACCCAGGCCAUGACUGUGUUCUCCUGUUAGUGGGACUUGGGCAGCUCUGGCUCUCCUAGCUCUCCUGGAAGCUCCUUUGCUUCUCUUAAUCUGGAAAAGGGGUCGCCAGGCAGAGCAUUGACAAGGCACUCAGAGCCAGUGAUUAGACUGCUUCCCUACCUAGGACAAGGGACCUGGAGCAUGUUCUGUGCGGGAUGAUGUGCUGGUAGGGAGCCCCUCAGCUUCCCCUGCGCUCCGGUAGUGCCAGGACCAGGCCAAUGAUGCUUCGCAGUAGCCUUAUCAUUCACAGGUGCCUCUGUAGCCUGCACAAAUGAUUGACGAGAUCACCAAAAGGAUUCUUUCUGAAGGUUUUUGGGUUUUGUUCUGUUUGCCUUGGUUUUGUUUCGGUUUUGCACAUGACAGUGUUUGUUUUGAGGAUCUUCUGAGGAAGAAGGGGUGCUAUGGUGGUGGUGCCUGGGUUCCUGGCCUCCAGUGCCCCACCCCCUCACCACCCCACCUGGCACCUUUGCCAUGUUGGUGCUCAGGAUUCCUGCUUGAUGAAGUCAGAUUGUUUGUUUAUAGUGAGAGAAAGGAAAGGGCUUCUGAUGGCUUUGUCACAAGCUUACAAUCCUGGGAGGCCACUGCUGAUGCCACCACCACUGUCUCCAUGCAGCAGUUGCCGGGCCCCGGGUCCAGCUGUCCCUUUGGCCUCAUGAGUCUGUUUCUGCUUCCUGCACCCACACCACCAAUGUGCAUUCUUUUGAGGUUUGCCGUGAUUUUGUUGCCCAAGUAGUAAGAGCUGUGAUAUGUCCCCCUUGACAUCCCAUUUCUUCCUGUGUGGGAGCCCCCAGCUCUUAUGUGACAGCUAAUGGGUAAGAAUGCGACUCAGUCAUUGACUGAGCCCCAGAAGUCCACAGAAUGGUUGCAGGUAGUUGUGUGUGUUUUCCUCUCUAGCUCCACCACUCCCACCCCUCAUACAUGCUACUCUAUACUCUGAAAGUCCUGCUGGUGGCAAACUUGCCAGUGUAUUAGUCAAUCUUUGUACAGAACAAUGUUCUGGAACAGCAGAAUGAGUCUUGGGUCAGGAAGCAGGGCUACGCUGCGUUUGGGGUCCUAUAACCCCAUCUCCAGCUGGGCCUCAGCUUCAGUAUAGCUGAGGGAGCCACAGACCAAGAUGGAUCGGAGGGUUGAGUUUUUGCUUCUUGCUGUAUUUCCUUGAAGUUAAUUCAUUAUCUUAUAAGUCCCUUCAUCUUCCACAAAUAGCCCGCUCUUUUCAGCCCUUAACUUAAAUCCCUCAGAUAAUUAGGUUCAUGAAGAGUGCUAAGUACUCCUGAAUUAUGUUAGGACUUAGACCAGAGAUGGCAAAUGAAUGGCACAGCAUUUCCCCUCUUCCCCCCAUGGUAGGUACCACUAAUCUGCUUCGGAGUAUUCCCUGCUAAAUCCCUGGUAUAUCAUUUCUCAAGAUUCCCCCAGCAACCAGUAUGAGUGUUGAGACCUAUUUGCCAUCCCUGGCUGAGCUACUGCUCUGCUGAGGAACGUAAGAGCUGCCAACCCCAUACGGGGUUUGCUGAGCUAAGGAAGUACAGAGAAGAGACAGAAGUUUCUGCCUGCCCCCUUCAAAGCAAGCAGGAAGGCCUGCAGUGACCCACAUGAUUGCCUGCCCCACUUCAGCUACCUCUUAAAGCCCAUAGUGUUGGUGGGGAGGGGACUGUUGGAGCCCAGUGUGGUGUGGGGAAUUACAGCCCUCGGAAACCAAGUCUAGCUGCUGAGGAUCUACAGUGAGCAAGGUGGCCCCAGCUGUGCAGGGUAGAGCCUCUGCUCUCACCUCCAGCCGCCUGUCUCUAGGCAUCCAGGCCAGGCUAUAAUUGGGGACCGCAUUCUUCUUCCUGUUCGUUGACCAAAUCUUAACCGAUCACUGCAGCUGCUCUGCUUGCUCUGCUUCCCAAAGUCAGCCCAGGUUUCUGGGUGCUGCCCAUACCGGCCAGGGUCCUGGGCCAGAUGAAGAGGUGACCUAUCCAUGAGUGAAGACCAGUUCCUUCUUCCCUGGGGCAGGUCUCAUGCCCAUGACCUCAGUUUUAGGACCAAGAGCUGUGUUGGUUUCCUAGAUUGCUAGUUUUUCCUCCAGGGGACCACAGCAGGUGAGGCUCUGCUGACAGUAAUUUGUGCUCAGGGUCUUGUCCAGCUGAGAGCUUCAUGUACACCAGAUUCUGAGAGGUGUCAGCAGCACUUUUAAAAAAUUUUGUUUUCCGUGAGGUUUUUGGACCAUGGGCUGCGCUCAGGCACUUUCUAUAAGAGAAUGUUAUGUCUGUAAAAAUGGUUAUUUCCCCUCCUCCACCCCCACCCUGGUGGCCCUUCGGAGUGCUGACCAAAAGGCCAGUGGAGCUGCCCUGGUGUCUAUGGGGGAGGGCCGAGGCCUGCUGAGUUGGUUCUCCAGCUGCUGCUCCAGCCCUCCCACCUUGCACAGCACAGAGGAGGUCAUCCUAGGGACAUCCAGGCACCCGCCUGGGGGAAGGGUGCUGCCUUCUGUCCCUGUAACUGCUUCCCUUAUGGCCCAACCUGGCUGUCCAGAUUUGUUUGAAGCUGUGCUGACGGCCUUUUUUUGUCUCUGUUUGGUAUUCACAACAGCCAGGGACUUGAUUUUGAUGUAUUUUAAAACCACAUUAAAUAAAGAGUCUGUUGCCUUAA